AGUGCUGCAGCAUCACCUGGUCCCUCAGUAAAGCUUCAGAAUGGCUCUGCUGAUGUUUCUGCUGCUGUGGAUGUUCUCAGAUUUGUGCCAGAGCUUGGAAAGCCCAGGUCUGGAGAGGAGGGGCAUCGUGUUGGAGCAGGAUGUGAUGGGGGUGCUGGGGGAGGAGGUGUACCUGCGCUGUCUCUACACCGGCAACGAGACCGUCAUGUUUUCCACCUGGAACCGAGUUAACUCUGAAACUAACAGCGUAAUGAUGUCCGGCUUUAAAUACGCCAAUAAGGCCUUCAGCAAGGAGAGCUUCUCCAUCCCAGAAUCCCAAACCAACCUCACUGUGAAGGUGGGCAUCACCAGCGUAACUAUGGAGGGGCGAUAUGACUGUGCCUUCACCUUGGAAGAAAAUAUAAUAAAGGAGAGCCUGUUCCUCACUGUCAACGUCCGGCCUGAAAUCAGAACCCGAGUGGAGGAGGACGUUGUGAACGGAACUCUUUACCAGACCGUCCACUGCUCAGCCAUCAACGCCAAGCCCAUGGCUCUGAUCCGCUGGGAGAUCCGCGGAGUUCCUCCCGACCCAGACGUCUUCUACAUCUACACCACCAACUCCACUCAUCCCAACAGGACAGGCAGUGUGGUCAGCGUGCUGCGACUCCCCGUCCUGCUGAAUAACGAGAGUCGGGUCAGCUGCGUCGUCCAGCACCCGGCUUUACUCAGACCCACUGUUAGUGACGUAGAGUUACAGACGUACAUUCCUCCCAGCAUCAGUAUGAAGAUGGAAGUGAAACAGAAGAAUGGACAGGACAUCCUGCAGGUUCUCUGCUCAGCGAAGGGAGGUCGGCCUCAGCCCAACAUCAUCUGGAUCCUGCCCGACUCUGCACCGGCACAACUUCCUCAGAAUCCCGAGGUGGAAUCUGAAUCCAUCACCAGCUCUCACUGGUUUCCACCAGAUCUGUGUGAAGGAGAAAAUAUCACCUGUGUUAUUGGGUACCCGCUACGCCCUGCUGUACAGACGGAAACCAUCACACUGCCAACGUACUAUAUUACUUCUCUUCAGCUGAAAGGUGGCAGGUCUGAGACGAGCAGUGACAAGACCUCUGAUCUGGUGAGAUUAGCUGAUGGGGAUGGAGAGGUCGUUAUCAGGAUGGAAGUGAUUGGGAAUGUUCCCAGCUAUACAAUCAACUGCACCAGGGAAGACGGACCCAUGCCUAAAGAAGUGAAUGUGGUUGGUAGUGAUAUACUGAUUAAAGGUCCUGUGGGUUUCAACAUUUCGGGUCAGUAUCGGUGCCAGGCCUCCUACCACAGACACUCUGCCGUCCUGCAGCUCCAGAUCGAAGUAAAUCCCAGAGUGGAGAUACCAGUGACUUUCCCCCCAAACAUAAGUGCUCGGCUCUGGAAAGAAGGAGCUAACACCUAUGUGGAAUGCUUGGCGUCCGAUGCCACUCCCGCUGCCAAUGUCUCAUGGGAUCUUCCACAAGACCUGAAUGUGGAGAUACAGUCCGAUGUUUCGUCAUGCAACGGGACACACACUGUCCGCAGUGUCCUCACCCUGCCUGCCUGCUUCUUCCAGGAGACCACAGUCGAGUGUGUGGUUGAGCAUUUAGACCUCCUGCAGCAGGAGAGGAGACCAGUCCAUCUUCCCAUCUGUGUUCCUGUAAACGUGACGCUGCAGAGCAUGGUGGUGUGGGUGAACGGCAUGGCGUAUACCCAGGUCAACUGCAGUGCGGACAGCGUGCCCCCGGACUCCACUGUAUUCUGGAAUACAGAAAACUGCAGGAUGGGCAUCAACAUGUCUGAACCCAGUGAGGUUCUGAUCCAGUCUGGGACUCUGCAGGGUGAUGGUGGUGGGGUCUGGAGCUCAGCUCGUCUCCCAGUUCACUCCUAUGCUGGGUGCACUGUGGUCUGUGUGCUGGAGCAUCACCGACCUGAGCGGAACAGUGUCCAACUUCCAUCAGGAGGUCCCCCCUCGGUGGGUAUGAAGGUCGGUCCUCUGAGAGACUCUGGGCUCUGGGCCGCUGUGUGUGUGUACCAGGGAUUUGGGCUGGUACCGAACAUCACCUGGAUCAUUUCUGACCACAACACUGCCGCCACCACCAUCGUGCCCGUCACCCUCCAGCCUGUGUUCCAGGGCAUCUCAGUGCUGGUCAACACCAGCUAUAAGUUUGAGCUGAGUCAGCACGAGGGCAGGAACAUCACCUGUCUGAUUCGGGACCAUUAUGGGAUGGAAGAAAGGAGAACUGUAAACAUCCCGAAAUACUUUAUCUCCUCUAUUGUGGUAUUGAAUGAUACAAGUUUGUUGCGCGGGAACAGUGGGCAUGUGUACAGAGUGGCGCUGCAGGAGGCCAUCCCACAGCAGAUCAUCAGUUUCAGAGUGAUGGGAAACACACCAGCCUUCAGUAUCAGAUGUUUCAGGGCUGAUGGAUCCGCUGCACACACUGGUUCCACAGCACUGGUGUUCGUCGAGCCGGUGUCAGAGUGGGACGCUGGUCUGUACACAUGCCACGCCUCCUGGUAUCACCACAAGGCCACUGUACUGGUCCAGGUGGAAGUUACCAGCCGGGAAACUCAAAAGAUGACCUUCUUCCUCAUCUGCUUCUCUUCCGCCACGGCCAUCUCCCUCUUCCUGUUGGUCACUGUGUGCGUGCUCUGCAGGAGAGACGGACCCUCCUCACACAAGGCUCUUAGGCAGCGGGAGUCGCUGGCCGGACUGGUGCAGACCCCCUGCUCCCCGGACAUCAGCAUGGCGACACUGCCCGGUGGCCGAGGGUCCGAAUACGCCGAGCUGCUGCGCUACUCCAUCGUCCUCGAUCAGAAGAGCACCGUCUGAUUACAGAGUGCAGUCUAAUUACAGAGCACCGUCUGAUUACAGAACGCAGUGUCGACCAUGGCUGCAGGUCAAUUAUAUAUAUAUAUAUAUAUAUAUAUAUAUAUAUAUAUAUAUAUAUAUAUAUAUAAAAAUUGUGAUAUAUAUGACGUGUGAUAUAUAUGAUCACACACCUUCGCCUUUAUUUUUAAUAAAACCAAUGAAAAAUUUUGUUUGAAUUUGAGGUUUAUCUGAUUUGAUGUUUUUAAUGAAGGAUCUGUAUUUUACAUUUUAUUUUGAACUAUAAUUAAUUUUUAUAUGCUUUUCUUCUUCUUCUUUACCUUUCAUACUAAACAGCCUGUUUUAUUGUUCCUGUAGCUUUACUCACGUGAAUAUGCAAUAAUCUGUGAUUGGUUGCACUGAUUCAGAAAGCAGCAGUCUGAAACACCCCCUAUAACUCUGCAGUGAAAGGGUGGGGCUUAACUGCUGUAGGCUGAUGUGGCCGGUUUAUAGAAAUGGGCUGGGUUUUGUGAUGUUACAACAACAGGAAAUGCUAAUCAGGCAGUUUGCUUUCCAGAUAAGUUUUGUUCCAGAACUUAGUAAUAAUGUUUACAAACUGUAGCAAAAUAAAGAUUUUGUGUAAAGGGGCUCUUUAAUGUAUUAAUAAACCUGCACUUCUGUCUGUGAUUGAUUUGUAAUAAUAAUAAGAAUAAUUAUAAGAAUAAGAAUAAUAAUAGUUAAUCAUUAUCAGAAUACAGUGCCUUUUUAAAAUUAUAUAUUUAAAAAAAAAAGGAUGGACUAAAUAUUAAGCUUUACCCUUUUUAAACUCAAUAUGGAGACAAUAUAAAAACUAUUAAGAUAAAUUCAUAUUAUUAACAGCUGAAAAGCAGCAGUGUCUUUAGUACCUUAAAAAACAAAACAGUGUGAAGGUUUUGAUGUCAAGAAUGUAAAAAUAUGUAAAAAGUAAAGAAUUCUUGGACAUGUUAAAAUAACUUGAUAUUUUUAUGAAAAUAUAUAAAAGAAUAAAUGUGUAGAAUGUGUAAAGAUCAAUAUUCCUCUAUAUGUGUAAUAUGUUGAUUCAGAGUAAAUGGUGAUUGAUAAAUGUAAUGUUACUAAUGAGUUUAUAUGGAAUUGAAUGUUAAAUCUGUGCUGCGACACAGAAGACGGUUAUACGGGUAUUAAGGGUUUCACAGUGUCACACUGGUUGUUGGGGGGGGGGGGGGGGGGGUAUUGGGGCAGGUUAUCCUGUGGGAGAUGGGAUUUGUAGCAAUGGUCACUCUAGAGCUGCUGUAGAGGAAUUUUACUGCAUUACAGAUAAUUCAGAAACUUGAAGAACAUGUGUACUGUUGUCUUUUUAUUCCUGAUGAUAAUUUUUUUUACAAAUAUGUUUAUAGUGUUUCAGAAGUUAAAACUGCACAAAAUGGAGCUUUAAAAUUUAUUUGUCAUCUUUGAGCAGCUUCGAAUUUUUGUUCCUACCAAUAUGAAUAUUACAGGUUUUAUAUGAUUUAUGUUUACAUGUAUUUGCAUUAACUCAAUA